CAGGCGGGCUGGGUGCGGACCCCGCCCCCGGGCAGCGGGGUCGCCCCGCCCCUCUCGCACUCCGAGAAGUUUCCCAGGGUCCGGGAACUAGGAGGAGGCGCCGCCGCCGCUGCCGCCGCCGCGCUUUCGGUGUCCUGGUGUCUGGCUGGAGCCUCAGCGCGGCCCCUUCCAUGGAUCUAUAGGGCGGCAGCAGGACUUUAGGGGGGAAUGGGCUUGGCGUCCCGGCGCGGGGCCCCGUGGCGGGCAUGGCUGGGCUGCAGGCUUUUGGGCAUCGCUCUGCUGGCGCGCCUAACACUGGGAGCAGCCAUACAGUGCUUGGAUGGCGACAAGCCCUGUGAGAAUGGUGGGAGCUGUGUUGUUUACUCCAACGGGAUAGCUGCCUGCAUAUGCCAGCCUGGACUGAUUGGAGAGCACUGCCAGUUUCAAGACCCUUGCCAUCAGUCACCUUGCGCUAACGGGGGAUCAUGUGAGAGCACUCUACGUGAUGGCACUGUGCACUACCAGUGCACCUGUCCCAAGGGCUUUCGAGGUCAAGACUGCUCUCUGUUUGAUGCCUGCGCUAGCAAGCCGUGUGUCAAUGGUGGCCGCUGCACCAACUGGAAUGGCCGCUACAACUGUACAUGCCCAUCAGGCUACCAGGGCCGCAACUGCCGGAGUGAUGUGGAUGAAUGUCGGGUGCCUGGCCUAUGCCAGCAUGGGGGUACCUGUAUCAACACACCUGGCUCCUUCCACUGCCAGUGUCAAGCUGGCUACACAGGGCAGCAAUGUGAGAGCAUCUCCACACCUUGCGCUCCCUCUCAGUGUCUCAACGGCGGCACUUGCCGUCAGACAGGGGAACUCAGCUACGAGUGUGCUUGCUUACCUGGUUUCAAGGGACACAACUGUGAGAUUAACAUAGAUGAUUGCCCAGGCCACAUGUGCAUGAAUGGAGGCACAUGUGUGGAUGGCGUAAACACUUACAACUGCCAGUGUCCCCCAGAGUGGACAGGCCAGCACUGCAAUGAGGAUGUGGAUGAAUGCCAGCUGCAACCCAAUGCCUGCCACAAUGGAGGCACUUGCUUCAAUACCAAUGGGGGGCAUUCAUGCGUCUGUGUCAAUGGCUGGACAGGAGAGAGCUGCAGUGAGAACAUUGAUGACUGUCAGACAGCGGUCUGCUUCCAUGGUGCUACCUGCCAUGACCGUGUGGCUUCCUUCUACUGCGCAUGUCCUAUGGGCAAGACAGGCCUUCUUUGUCACUUGGACGAUGCCUGUGUCAGUAACCCUUGCCAUGAGGAUGCCAUUUGUGACACCAACCCAAUGAAUGGCCGUGCCAUCUGCACAUGCCCACCAGGUUUUACCGGAGGGGCCUGCGACCAGGAUGUGGAUGAGUGCUCCAUUGGAGCCAAUCCAUGUGAGCAUUUUGGAAAGUGUGUGAACACGCAAGGCUCCUUCCGGUGUGAGUGUGGACGUGGCUACACAGGUCCCCGCUGUGAGACAGACAUCAACGAGUGCCUCUCCAUGCCUUGCCAGAAUGAUGCUACCUGCCUUGAUCGCAUUGGCGAGUUUACCUGCAUCUGCAUGUCAGGUUUCAGUGGCACUUACUGUGAGAUCAACAUCAACGAGUGUGAGAGUAAUCCCUGUGUCAAUGGUGGCGUCUGUAAGGAUAUUGUCAAUGGAUUCAGCUGUACCUGUCCCUCCGGCUUCUCAGGCUCCAUGUGCCAGAUUGACAUCGAUGAGUGUGCCAGCACACCAUGCCAGAAUGGUGCAAAGUGUGUGGACCGGCCCAAUGCCUAUGAGUGCCGUUGUACAGAAGGUUUUGAGGGGCCUUUGUGUGAAAGGAACAUUGACGACUGCUUUCCAGAUCCCUGCCACCAUGGCACUUGUGUGGAUGGCAUUGCUAGUUUCACCUGCACUUGUGCAGCUGGUUACACUGGAUACCGCUGUGAGAACCAGAUCAACGAGUGCCACAGCAAUCCCUGUCAGCAUGGGGGCAAGUGCAUUGACCUGGUGAAUAAGUACCUGUGCCACUGCUUGCAGGGAACCUCAGGUGCCAAUUGUGAGAUCAACUUCGAUGACUGUGCCAGCAACCCCUGUGAUUAUGGCAUCUGCCGCGAUGGCAUCAAUCGUUAUGACUGCAUCUGCAAACCUGGAUUCACAGGUCCCCUGUGCAACGUGGAGAUUAAUGAAUGCGCAUCCAACCCCUGUAAGAACGGUGGCACCUGUGUGGAUGGUGAAGACGGCUUCUCUUGCCUUUGCCCUGAGGGAUUCCAUGAUCCACACUGCUAUUCAGAAGUGGACGAGUGCAGCAGCAGCCCAUGUGUGCAUGGCACAUGCCACGACAACAUCAAUGGGUACCAGUGUAAGUGUGAGCCAGGCUGGGCUGGCACCAACUGUGAUGUGAACCACAAUGAGUGUGAAUCUAACCCAUGCCAGCAUGGAGGGACGUGCACUGACUAUGUCAAUGGCUAUCGUUGCAAGUGCAAAGAAGGCUUUCAGGGGACCUACUGCCAGACCAACAUAAAUGACUGUGCCUCCAACCCUUGCCUCAACCAGGGCACCUGCACUGAUGGCAUUGCCAGCUAUACCUGCAUCUGUGACUUGCCUUACACUGGUCGGAAUUGUGAGAAUGUGCUGGCUCCCUGUUUCCCCAAUCCAUGUAAGAACAAUGGUGUCUGUGACCACACACCUGACUAUGAGAGCUUUACCUGUGGUUGUGCACCAGGCUGGCAAGGGCAGCAAUGCCAGAUUGACAUUAAUGAAUGUGACCAGGACCCCUGUCGAAAUAGGGGCACCUGCACCAACACACAUGGCAGUUACAGGUGUGCCUGCCGUCCUGGCUACACUGGCACCAACUGUGAGUUAGAUAUUGACGACUGCAAACCAAAUCCUUGCCUGAAUGGUGGCUCCUGCCAAGAUGGCAUCAGUACUUUCAUGUGCACCUGCCUGCCAGGCUUCACAGGCAUACACUGUGCAACUGAAACCAAUGAGUGCCUGAGUAACCCCUGCCGCAAUGGAGCCACCUGCACAGACUAUGUCAACAGCUACACUUGUACCUGUGCGCCGGGCUGGGCUGGCCUACACUGUGAGCAGAAUGUUCAGGAAUGCACUGACAGCUCCUGCUUCAAUGGUGGCACAUGCUUGGAUGGAGUGAAUUCGUACACAUGCCACUGCCGGGCUGGCUUCAAAGGAUCCCACUGCCAGCAUGAGAUUGAUGAGUGCCAGUCACAGCCCUGCCUCAACGGUGGGGUGUGCCAGGAUGGCGUGCAGUCCUACCGCUGUACCUGCCCUCAGGGCUACACAGGUUCUCAGUGCCAGACCCUGUUGGAUUUGUGUAGUCGCUCCCCCUGUCAGAAUGGUGGCCGCUGUAUGCAGACAGGCACUACCUUAUCCUGUGCUUGCCCUGGAGGUUGGACUGGUCGUUACUGCGACAUCCCCAAUGUUUCCUGUGAAGUGGUGGCCAGGAACCGAGGUGUGACCAAAGAGCAAGUGUGUCAUUACGGUGGCCGUUGCGUGGAUGCCGGAAAUAGUCACUACUGCAUUUGCAAAAAAAGCUACACCGGAAGCUACUGUGAGAGUGAAGUGGACCACUGCCAGUACAACCUGUGUCGAAAUGGGGGUACCUGUCGCAGUUUUGUGGGAGACUACGUCUGUGAGUGCCCGCUAGGAUUUGAGGGGAAAAACUGUGAGUAUGACAUUGAUGAGUGUCAGUCACACCCCUGCCAGAAUGGAGGGACUUGCAUUGAUCUUGUUGGCCGCUACAUUUGCUCCUGUCCACCUGGAACUCUGGGUGUCUUGUGUGAAAUAAAUGAAGAUGAUUGUGCUAUGAAUCCUGGCUCCCGGGUCCCCAAGUGCCUCAACAACGGAACAUGUGUGGACAGAGUCGGUGGUUACCGAUGCAGCUGCCCACCAGGUUUCACAGGCGAGCGCUGUGAGGGAGACAUAAAUGAGUGCCAGUCCAACCAUUGCCACCCACGCAACACACUUGAUUGCGUCCAGGAAGCCAGUGACUACCACUGCAUUUGCAAGCCAGGCUAUACUGGCCGCCAUUGCAAGAACAUUGUGAAUGCAUGUGACUCUCAACCUUGCCAGAACGGUGGGAAGUGUAAUCCGGCAGUCAACCUGCCUCUAGGCUACACCUGCCACUGUCCCCGGGGUUAUUCAGGCAUCCGCUGUGAGCGCAUGCUCUCCUGCCGGGAACUCUCCUGCUUCAAUGGUGGCAGCUGCCGGACCACAGCGCUGGGUGCUCGCUGCUCCUGCCUGCCUGGGUGGGCUGGUCCGGAAUGCCGCCUGCCUGCCAACAGCAGCUGUGCCAGCAUGCCCUGCCACAAUGGGGGUGCUUGCCAUGAGACUGCUGACCCCCCUUAUUUUCAGUGCCUUUGUCUUGGUGACUACACGGGGUUUCGCUGCCAGACCCGCACCCUGAAGCUCCCCGAGGUCCACUGCCCGCUGAAGGAGUGUGCUGAGAAGGCCGGGGAUUUCUACUGUGACAAGAUGUGCAACAGUCCAGCCUGCCACUGGGAUGGCGGUGACUGUUCCCUGCGGGUUGAUGAUCCCUGGAAGCAGUGCGAGAGCCCCCUGUGCUUGCAGCUCUUCAACAACAGCCAGUGUGAUGAGAUCUGCAACACUGCCGAGUGCCUUUACGACAACUUUGACUGCAAGAGCCAUGAGUCCAGCUGCAACCCUGUCUAUGAGAAAUACUGCUCGGAUCACUUUGCUGAUGGGCAUUGUGACCAGGGCUGCAACAACGAAGAGUGUGGCUGGGAUGGGCUGGACUGUGCACUGGAGGUGCCCGAGCGCUUGGCGGACGGCGUUCUAGUCAUCACUGUGCUGCUACACCCUGACGAAUUGCUCCGCACAAGCACCAUCUUCCUGCAGAAGCUGAGUUCCAUUUUGAGAACCUCCUUGCGCUUCCGCCGUGACAAGAACGGUAACUUCAUGAUCAAGCCAUAUUACGGCUCUGGCAGUCGGACGCCGUAUUAUGGAUCUGGCAGUCGGCAACGCAGGGAACUGGAACAAGAGAUUAUUGGGUCUGAGGUCACUCUUGAGAUUGAUAACCGACUCUGCUACCAGGCUUCAGACAAGUGCUUCCCUGAUGCAGACAGUGCUGCAGACUACCUGGCUGCCCUGUCAGCGGUGGAGCGCCUAGAGUUCCCAUACCCCCUCAAGGCCGUGCGAGGUGAAAAGAUCGACGUGGUAGGCGAUCUCAAGCUGGUGCCAUUGCUGGUGGUGGCAGGCCUGAUUCUGCUGGUGAUCCUGGUGCUGGGUGUGCUAGUGGCACGGCGCAAAAGGGAGCACAGCACCCUCUGGUUCCCUGAAGGCUUCAGUCUGAAGAAAGAGAGCAGCAAUAAGAACCGGCGUGAGCCUGUGGGUCAGGAUGCCCUAGGCAUGAAGAAUAUUGGCAAAGGAGAGAGCCUAAUACCAGACAGCUCAGAAGACUGGUUGGAAGAAUGCCCAGAGGCCAAGCGACUAAAGCUACAGGCCCGUGUUCAUCCUUGCCAGGUGGAGGAGCCAGCCAUAGACCGUGAAGACCCUGUAGACUGCCGUCAAUGGACACAGCAUCACUUGGUGGCAGCAGACAUCCGCAUGCCGCCAUCUAUGGCCCUGACGCCACCCCAGGGUGAAUUUGAUACUGACUGCAUGGACGUCAAUGUCCGUGGACCAGUAUGUGGCACAUGGGAGAGGAGAAACAGAGCAAAUCUUUUAAAAAAAGCCAAACACAACAGCAACAACCCUUGUUGGGAUCUCCUUACAGAUGGUUUCACUCCACUUAUGUUGGCCUCCUUCCGUGGUGGUGGUGAAAUGGAGACUGAACUGGCUGAGGAAGAGGAAGCAGAUGACUCCUCUGCCAACAUAAUCUCGGACCUAAUCUGCCAGGGGGCUAACCUGAGUGCCCAGACAGACCGCACAGGUGAAACUGCCCUGCAUUUGGCUGCCAGAUAUGCACGGGCAGAUGCUACCAAGCGCUUGCUGGAUGCUGGUGCUGAUACCAAUGCACAAGACAACACAGGGCGCACACCACUUCAUGCUGCCGUGACUGCGGAUGCCCAGGGAGUCUUCCAGAUCCUGAUCCGGAAUCGAUCUACAGACUUGGAUGCCCGAAUGGGGGAUGGUUCAACAGCACUGAUCCUAGCAGCCAGGCUGGCUGUUGAGGGCAUGGUGGAGGAGCUGAUUGUCUGCCACGCUGAUGUCAACGCUGUGGAUGAGAUGGGUAAAUCAGCCCUGCACUGGGCAGCAGCUGUCAACAAUGUCGAGGCCACGAUUGCGCUGCUGAAGAAUGGAGCCAACAAGGACAUGCAGGACAGCAAAGAGGAGACACCGCUGUUCCUGGCAGCCCGGGAAGGCAGUUACGAGGCAGCCAAAAUCCUGCUGGAUCACUUCGCCAACCGCGAAAUCACAGACCACAUGGAUCGCCUGCCACGCGACGUGGCUCAGGAGCGCUUGCACCACGACAUUGUCCGGCUUCUGGACGACUACAACACCGUGCGCAGCCCGCAGGGGUCGUUGCCCGCUGGCCACUCCCUCUCCCCUCUCAUGUGCCCUCCCAAUAGCUUCUUGCCCAGCUUGAAGCCCACGCCACAGGGCAAGAAGAGCCGGCGCCCUAGCACCAAGAACGCGACGGCAGGCAGCAGCGCCAGCCUGGCAAGGGAGAGCAAAGAGGCCAAGGCACGUGCCAAGAAGCUCAACCUGGAGUGCCAAGGCUCUCUCCUGGAGAGCUCUGUCACCCUGUCUCCCGUUGACUCACUGGACUCCCCCUAUGUGCCCAACCCUGCCUCGCCAGGGGUCUUCCACCCAGGCAACUCCUCACUGUCAGUGCCCUCCACUCCCAUGGUCCAUGGCAUGAUGGAGGCGCCCUUUGCUGUCAGUCUUGCACGCCUCAGCGACCUAGGGGAUGGCACCCUCCUCUCCAUGAACCGCCUCUCAGUGCCACCAGGCCGCAUGGGGCUCAGCCUGGGCAUGGUGAGCCCUGUGGCCAUGCCCUUUGAUUGGCAUGCCCGUGUCCCCACUUCCCAGUGCCAGCCAAUCAUAGGAGUUGUGCACCCAGCCGCCUCCCAUCCCAACCUGCACCAACCAGGCCAGGCUUUCCCACCAGGGUUGCUUCUGCCCAGCCACAUGGCCAUGGGGCACAGCUCCCAGGGCCUGCCCAACUCAGCUCCUCCACAGACCAAGGAGGCAGCCCAGCCCAUGCCCCCGCCAGCUACCACCAUGAGAACCAACCAGCCUGUCUCACCCCAGGAGGCCCAGGGGGCGCCCCGUGCAGGGCCCCCACAGUACCUAAAGCCCGCAGGGGUCGAGGAUUACCCGACACCCCCCUCUCAACACAGCUACACACAGGGGCAGGACGCGACCCCCAAGCACUUCCUCCAUCCGCCCAGUGAGCACCCCUACCUGACUCCUUCGCCAGAGUCCCCAGAGCAGUGGAGCAGCCCCUCGCCCCACUCCCUGUCCGACUGGUCUGAAUCUACUCCCAGCCCCACUGUCCUGGGGCCCAGCCAUACCCAGCUUCCUUCGGUGGAGCCAUCCGCUAAGAUGCAGGUGUUUGCAUGAGGAGGUGGGUGGUGGAGUAGAUCCCAGGGGCCUGUGUCCCUCUGUGGCCCCCAUUGGGGCCUGCACUUGCCUCAGGGGCUCCUGUCCUUGUUUCCCCUGACUGUGUUUUUUAUAAGAGAAAAACUCAAGUGUAAAAAGGUUUUUUUUAAAAAAAAAAAUUAAAAUAAAAUAUGCCUGGUCUUGGAGGGGGAAGGCAUGGCCUCCCCAUUCCCUCACUGCCACAGAGCCCAGGCUGGCCCUCUCCCUUCCCCUCCCCUGUAACCAUGGCAACUAGGUUUCAGGGGAGGAUUUUUUUUAAAAAAGAAGUAAAAUAAACUCUCUCUUUUUGUAUAAACACUGCAUUUACUCCAAACGCUUUAUUUUUUACAAUGUAUGCAAUGUCAGAACCCCUGUCUUGCCACUCUUCUUCCUAUGGGUCUUGAGCUGUGAGGAAUGGAGAGGAAACUGUGCCCUUUGCUCCCCCCCCCUCUGCAUGGCACUGUCUCUCGGGUCGAGCACCCACCUCCCCUCCCACCAUGUUGGGGCGGGAUUCUGCUCACUGUAUUUGUGUACUGGGUACGCAGCAUUAGCCCAGACUGCCAUUGCUAUGCAGAGGGUCGAGCCCCAAACCUGCCCGCUGUCCUGCAGGAAAUUAAGCCCCAUAGCGCCCCCCCCCAAACUUGGCACUUCUUCACAUUCCAGGUUAAUUUAUUCAUCUUAAAUUCUACAGCAUUCCCACCCUGUCCCCCACAAAACCCCCCUUGACUUUCCAAAUUGCUUCAGCUAACGCUAGCCAUGGUCAUGGGGAUUUUCCAGUCCCCAGAGUAUUCUGAGCCGCUCUUGUUUUCCCUUUUUUUAAUUAUUAUUAUAUUAUUAUUAUUCCUGGCCUUUACUAACAUUCCUCCCAUCUGCUCCAAGGCCGCCUUCAGCCUACAUUGGCAAGUUACAUUUUCCCCUGUACGAUGAGUUCCUUGCCCCUGUGGUACUGCGUGGGAAUUUUGGGGGCAGCCCCAGACACUAAAAAGAGUUUCACUCUGUCGUGAAAGGUACUGAGAUAGAACACAAAAUGCUUCCUCUGUUUCUCCUCAAAAACACCUGGCCCCAGCAGCCAACUACCUACACUUUCCUCACUCCCUGACUCCCCCCCCCCCGCACUCUGUACAUUCCAGCUAUCCCUGGCUGUAAAUACUGCUGGUGGGAGCAGGUGCCCAGGCAGGACCUUGGUCCGGUGGUGACCGCUGCUUCCCCCCCCCCUCCCUUCCCUUCCCAUGCUCUGUAGCAAUAGUGGGGGAAUGGCCUUGCGCAAGUCAGACCUCUCUUGUCAUAGAAGGACCGUUUCUAGCUCAUUUAAAUAAAUAAAAAAACUUUUUUUAAAAAAACAAAUUAAAAAAAAUCCAGUGUAAACCAAGUAGCUUUAAAGCAGCUGGGUGCUUUGUGUACAGAGCGGCUUGAGCCGCGGCAUAAUAAACAUAGCUAAUAAGGAAA